AAUCCCCAGCACCCAUAUAGCAGCUCACAACUGUCUGUACCUCCAGUCUCAUGGGAUACAACACCCUCUUCUAGCCUCUCUGGGCACCUCUUUGCACUUUGGUGCAAAGACCUACAUACAGGAGAAACACCAAUACACAUUAAAAAUGAAACAAAACAAAAAACUCUGUCAGCCAUAUCCCUGUGAGUUCCAUUAGCAUAAAACAAAACAAAACAAAAAACCAACCAACCAACCAAACAAACAAACAAAAAAAAACCCCAACAGUUAUCAGAGCUUUAAGAAUAGUAGUGAUUUGUGUCAGGCAGUAGUCCUAGCACUUAGGAAACUGGGGGAUCUUUAUGAGUUCCAGUUCAGGCUCCAAAGCUACCGAGAAACUCUGUCUCAAAACCAAACAAAAAACCAAGCAAAAACAAAACCAAAAACCAAAUAAAAAACAAAGAAAAUAGCGAUUUUUAACUUAAUUUUUAAUUGACAACAAAAAUUUGAAUGUUUUUGAUGAAUAUACUGUUAUAAGGCUAAAUUACACUAGUUCUGUAUGUCACUUCACAUGGUUAUUUGUGGUGAGAACAUUUAGUUCUUUUGGCAGUUUUCAAGUAUACAGUGCUGUGUUAGCUGUAGUCAUCGGGGUCAUCGGGAUGUACACAGCCCUUGCCCAUUCCUCCUAACUCAAAUGUAUGUUUUUGGCUGAUUCUUCCCCAUUCCUUCUUCCGCCUUCCCUCUCCCUUUCUUCCUGACUACACUCAGUUAGCUGAUCGAGGCUGUAAACUUGGGUCACAGUUUGACCCAAUCCCGCCUGUCUAUUAGCUGGCACAUGGUUGGUGGCACUUUGAAAGUGUUGGAAGGUUAUAAGACAGUAUAUUUAGUAAAUGUGGACCACGGUCAUUUUUCUGGAAGCUUCUGCUAAUUCCUAGACAUGCACUGAGCCCCACCUAUACUAGGUUCUGUGUCAGGCCCCAGAGCACCCCCCCCACCCAGAGCAGAAGGACCCCCUGUCCUUUUCUCUGUCCUGGAACUGGGAGAGAGGCUUCUGUGUGGUAAUUGCAAGGACAGGGGCAGUCUGCCCAGUCUGCCAGGUCCCCAUGCCACAUCUCUCCUUUUUCAAUAGCUGGGGGUUGGCAUCAGGGGCAGGGUCCAGAGUAGUGAAGCCUGUUCAGGCUCUGCCAGGGACUGCAGGCCCCCUGGGACCUGAGUUGUAAGCAGUAGACAAAAAGCCUAUGACAAAAGGCCUGUGGGAGCCUGGAUGAAUAGAUUAACGAGCUCUCCAUACGGAGGCCCCACAAUGGGAUUCUCCACUGAGGCCUUUUGUCCCAGGCUGAGAUAAUGGAGCUGGAGGAGGCUUGCCCAGAAGGGGGCAUCAGCCCUCCUCCACUACAGCUGAGCUGAGUGGGGUCCAGACGCCCCUUCUGUACUAUACCCCACCCCCAGGGUAAUGGAAUCUGGAGCCAUUGGAUUUCUGAGGUCUGAAGGGGCUUAUGGAGAAUGGAGAGAGGUGCUGACACUGUGUCCGUACAACUCUGUCUAAAUCGUGCCACUUAAUUUCUAAAGCAGCCCUUUAGGAUUUUAGUGAAAUGUUUGGGCUCCUCCCAUGGCGCCAAUAGUUACUGACAGUGUGUAAAGCAUAGAGAGUCGAGCAGCUGGCUGGUGGCUACACAGUGACAGCGUGGGGUCUGCUGGUUAAGCUGUCAAAGCUUGGGCCAGGCCUGGGGCACCGGGACAGGACCGUGGGGCGCUGUGCGGCAGGGAGGCAGUGCGGGUCUAAGGCUGGUCGUGAGGGCUGAAUCACUUCUUUGCAAUCCUGAACUUCCUGGAAAUGAGGAGUGGGGUUGUAGGAGGAACUUUAUUCUUAUUUCAGUAGCUCUGUAACCUCUGAUUGCCAUAUCCCCGUGUAUGACAAGAGGGCACUUUACCCAGAGUCCCGGCUGCCACUAGGGCAAGCCACAAAACCCAGCCAAGGGACUGUCGGUUAGCUCUGGUCCACGAGCAGUUGUGUGACUGUGUAUACACAGGGGAAGGGACAGCCUUUUUGGGGCUGCUUGACUAGGAGGAUACAAAUUCCCCAUGAGGUCUAAAGACCAAAUCCACAGUUCUGGGAAACAACUAUGUCUACAGAAAAAUACUGAAGCCAUUUUCUUGGGCUAUGACUCCCUCCUCAGGCUGAAGGACAAAAGGGCUUGGAGACAGGCACUGCAGGAAGAUGUCAAGGGCCAGAGUUUUGACUCCUAUCCGUUGUGGAGCAGCUGUGUGAUCUUGGAGAGGUAGGGCUCUCUCUGCAUCUCCGUCUCCUGUAGGUUGGAGCAACAACACAGGGGAAGCACAGAGCAGGGGUCUAUGAAAUGGCAUGAGGACCGUCUUGUCCUGUCCUGCUGGAAGGAGUCUUCUAGCCAGCUCCUUGCCCCAGCCCUCAGUCAAGUGACCUGUUCAGCCACUGAGUCAGAGAAGGGGACUACUUGGGACUUAUAGUUUUUACUGCUUUGCAUACAUCAUUUUACAUCCUUAAUCCUCUUAUUAUUAUGUCCUUUAACCUGGAGAAAAUGAGGUUCCAUGAGGUUGGGUAGUCUGCUCAGGGUCCCCUGUAAGUGUCUGAAGGUGUCUGUGAAGCAGGUCCCCCUGAUUCAGGGCUCCACUCUUGCCCAAGUCCUGGAGUUCCUCACCCCUGACUCUGCUGACCCAGAGCUUAUGGGAUAGAGUGAGUUGGGAGGGAGGGGGAAGGUUGACUGUGUGGGAGUAUUAAGGGCUGGUAGGGAGGAGAGAGUUAGUGAUCUCCAUCCACCGAAGGCCAGGCUGGUGUGGCCUGGUCUGUGAGGAAGCAGCUGGGACCAUUCUUCGGUGUGUAUACAGCCCAACUCUUGCUGGGGACCCACACUCUCAAGGGCACAUAGACCUAAAGCUGUACAUACUCUUGCAGUCUGGUGUGCCUCCAGGAUCCUUUCUGCUACCAUUUUAAACCUGAAAGCAGAUUGUGGAGCCUGGCCUCCCUCCCCUUUUUGUUUGGGCCCAGGCCUUAGGCACUGAGAUUCAGAUUCAGAUCAGAUCUUUCAGAUCAGGUCUUUCCCCUCCCUAGGCUUGAGGGAAAUGCCGUGUUCCAGAACUCAGCUUAGCAGAAGUUGCCAGAGGCGUGGCUCCUUGCCACACCUAAAGGACAUGGGGCAGAUCAUGGUCACCACACGUACACAAGUUACCAAAAGAAGAGGCGCAGAGCCAGGCUGGCAGCUAGUGGGGACUCAGGGUCAAGGGAGGUCAUUUUGGAGAUGUGAUGGAUGAGUUACACUCACGGUGGGGAGGAGGUGGUAUGCAACAGUUGGGUUGGACUGAAGGGGUUAGACUAGAUCCUGUGUUGGGUCAAGAUGGGGAUCUACAGCUGAGGUGGGUGGGCUAUCAGGUUUUUGGCCCACAAGGUGUAUACAGAUGCAGGUAAAGGUGGCUUUAUUUUUCCCCUUUCCUGGCUAAAAUGGAAAGACUGUGAUCUAAAGUGUCUGAGGAGAUAAGGCAGUGAUUAAGUAGUAUGGGGUGGCAUGCCAGACAUCAGGUCCCCUAUAAAGAGGGCUGACUUUUUCAGAAAAGAGUGAGAAUCAGGCUCAGAAGACAAGUCAAAGUGGAAAUGGACUCCUGGGCCCAUAAUCUGAUGAAUGAUUCCCAGGGGUACCUGGUGAAGGCUUAAGAUUGCCUGGCAAUCGGGCAGUGGUGGACCACACCCUUAAUCCCAGCACUCGGGAGGCAGAGGCAAGCGGAUCUCUGUGAGUUCAAGGCUGGGCUGGACCGAUAGCCUCCCAAACAAUACAGAGAAACCCUGUCUCAUAAAACCAAUAAAUAAAUAAAUAAAUAAAAUAAAAUAAAAUAAAAAGAUUGCCUGGCAAGGGAGAAGGAAACUCAUAGAGACAAGUUCAGGCCUGGGCCUUAUUGCGCCCUUCUCCUUCUGCAGGGUUAGUGUACUCAAGGGGACACAGUCUCCAGGGUCACAACUUUGUUCUGUAUUGAUGAUCAAGGAGCCAGAGCACAGGUGAUAGUAAAUUGGGGUGGACCCUGGGUUUGAUGUAGUAAAAUGACAUUUGCAUUUGUGUAAAUGAUGCCACUUCCUGUGACCCCAUCGUUGGAUAAAUUGUGACUUGAUAUCCCAGGAAACUGCCCCUUUGUCGCCUGAUAAUGGCUCUCAUCUUUGAAAACCCCUUAGCAGGAGCUGGGAAUCUGAACCCGUUUCCCUCACCUCUGUUUGUUCUUCCUUCGGGCUGCUGGCACUCCCAGAACUAUCACCCUCCUCUUAAGUGCUAGUGCAUAGCGCAUGCCUUUUCUAGGUGGACCUGCAGGCCUUUUGGGCACAAGGUUGAUUGAUAGAGAUGUAGGUAAAAGUGAAAAUGGGGUCAUUUCAUUUUCUACGACUGUUUUUUGCUAUGAGUCAAGUCACAGCCACAAAAGCAGUGAGAAUGACCAGUCACUGCCAGUAUGGAUGUCUGUGCAGAACUGCACAGCCCUCUGCACACACACCCCGUCACUCCAGAAUCCGUAUUUCCCGGUCCUCUCUAUACUAUAGGCUCAGAGUGUGUAGUUUUGUAGGUGUGCACUGUACAAGAGCCUGGUGUAACUCUGUAGGCUGUGACAUGUCUCCAGCAGGUGGCAGUAAAGUGACCGGCCGUGGUUUGCUCGACUUUGUGCUGCUAAAGCUGGUGUUAAACUCUAGGGGUUUGUCUGAGUGCAAGGACUGCAGGUGUGCAUAACUGUGUCUGUCCUGCUAGCCCUGAAUGUACUGUUCCUGUCAUCCGGAGUGCACUGCUCCCUGUAACUGUUCGAGAUGCCAUAAAGACCCUAGCUCUUUGCUCUGUCGAAGAUGCACUGGACACCAGAACACGCCCAGCCCCUCAACCAGUGGCCAGAGCAGCAUCUGGACGUCUCUUCCACGACCCCAUCACCGGCCCACAAAUUGGAGAUGCCUCCAGGGGGCCGCCAGCGCUGCCACUACGCUUGGGCACACGAUGACAUCUCCGCCCUCACUGCCUCCAACCUCCUCAAGCGCUACGCUGAAAAGUACUCUGGAGUCCUGGACUCGCCCUACGAGCGCCCCGGCCUGGCCAGCUACAGUGACGCUGCCUUCCUCAACGGUGCCAAAGGGGACCCGGAGCCCUGGCCCACUCCGGAGCCACCUUACCCCUUGGCCUCGCUCCACGAAGGUCUCCCGGGAGCCAAGCCAGCCGGCGGGGGUGGGUCCGCGGGCCUCGGCGGCUCCCCGGUGGUAGCAGGGAACCUGGCUGAGCCGCUGUACACCGGCAAUGCGUGCGGGGGCCCGUCGGCGGCCACCGAGUACGCAACGGGCUACGGGGGCGGGUACCUGGCGCCCGGCUACUGCGCGCAGACGAGCGCCGCUCUGGCCCCGCCGCCUCCGGCCGCGCUCCUGCAGCCCGCGCCGCCGCCCGGCUACGGGCCCUCGGCGCCGCUCUACAACUACCCGGCGGCCGGCUACGCAGCGCAGCCCGGCUACGGGGCGCUCCCGCCUCCCGCCGCGCCCGCCGCGACCUACCUGCCAUCUGGCCUGGCGGCGCCCACGCCCCUGCCCGCCCCUGCGCCACCCCGGCCCGCGCCCUACGGCUUCCCCGCCGCCGCCACGGCCGCUGCCACCGAGGGCGUGUCGUUGAAGCGCAAGGCGGUGGACGAGGGCGCGGAGGCGCGCUACCGCAAGUACGCUUACGAGCCAGCCAAGGCUCCCGCGGCCGACAGCGCCAACUACCCCGCCGCGGACGACGCCGAGUGUCGGGGCAACGGGUUCCGCGCGAAGCCCCCCGGAGCUACGGAGGAGGGGACAGGCAAGUACGGUGGCGGCGGAGGUGCUCUCAAGGUCCUGGGCUCCCCCGUCUAUGGCCCGCAACUCGAGCCCUUUGACAAGUUCCCUCCCGAGCGGGUCCCCGCCACCCGUGGAGGAUUCACGGCGCCGUCGGGCGAGCCUCCCAAGGGUGUGGACCCGGGAACCCUGGAACUGGUGACCAGCAAGCUGGUGGACUGCGGACCCCCGGUGCAGUGGGCAGACGUGGCCGGCCAGGGCGCGCUCAAGGCGGCGCUUGAGGAGGAGCUGCUGUGGCCCCUGCUGAGGUCGCCCGCCUGUCCUGGAAGCGCUCGCCCUCCGCGGACCCUGCUGCUCUUUGGGCCCCGCGGCUCCGGCAAAGCGCUGCUGGCCCGCUGCCUCGCCACCCAGCUGGGCGCCACGCUGCUGCGCCUGCGCGGGGCCGGUCUGGCUGCUUCUGGGACCGUCGAGGGCGCGCGCCUCCUGCAAGCGGCCUUCGCUGCUGCGCGCUGCCGCCCGCCCGCGGUGCUGCUCAUCAGCGAGCUGGACGCGCUGCUGCCGCCGGCGCGGGACGACGGGGCGUCGCUGAGGGCGCCGCUGUUGGCCUGUCUGGACGGCGGCUGCAGUGCGCGCACCGACGGCGUGCUGGUGGUGGGUACCACCUCGAGGCCCGCGGCCCUGGACGAGGCCACUCGCCGGCGCUUCGCGCUGCGCUUGUAUGUGGCUCUGCCCGACGGUGCGGCGCGCGGGCAGAUCCUGCAGAGGGCGCUGGCUCAGCAGGGCUGUGCGAUGAGCGAGCGGGAGCUGGCCGCCCUGGUGCAGGGCACCCAGGGCUUCUCGGGCGGCGAACUGGGGCAGCUGUGCCAGCAGGCAGCGGCCGAGGCGGGCCUCUCUGGACUGCAGAGGCCCCUUUCCUACAAAGAUGUGGAGGCUGCUCUAGCCAAGGUGGGCCCCCGGGCCUCCCCCACGGAGCUGGACUCGCUAGUGGAGUGGGACAAAAUGUAUGGCUCCGGACACUGAGGGUGGCGUGGGGAAGGCCACCUCCGCCUGAGGCGAUGUCCUUGGCCCAAAGAGUAAUGAAUGUGGGGUGGAAGAGGGGCGCUCUGCCGGUCGAUUUGUUUUUCAUGGGAAGGAAAAUGCUUCUGCCAGGCAGAUCGAUGCCAUAUAUGCACCGUGUA